ACUCUCUAACUAUUGCACAACAAAAAUACUACUAUAACGUAACCGAGAUCUGAACUUGCAGUCAAACUAAAACUUCCCGAUCUCCCUCUUCGGCGCGCGUGGUGGCUCACCGUCGCCGGAGGAGGGACCCCCAUGUUUCCCUCUUUCUUCUGCAUCUCUUUUUUUCUCUUUAGAUCUGGUUUCCGCCGUGCUGGGUGUUGCAGGAACGAUGGUGGUUUCGUCGGUGGGUUCUCGACGACAGCGGCGCGGGCUUCAGCGGUGUCGCUGGAUCCGCGGUGGAGGUGGUCCGUCUUCAUUCGUAGUUGGCGUCCCCCUCUGUCUGCCUUCGUUUUUUCCGGCGUCUCUUCCUCUCUUCUCGCAUCUGGCUUCUUUUUCUCUCCGGCGUGUUUCCUCGGCGUUUCUUUUAGAGUCUCCUGCCUCAGACGAGCUCUCUGGCUUUAGUCGAAGGUGUGCAGGUGGUGGCUGUCUCUUCCGGCUACAGUCCCUCUCAAACUUCGUUCGCGAGGUGUCGAAGUGGUGGCUAGAUAGUAAAGAGCUUCUGUCAAUUCCAGCGGUCCAGUAUUGGAUUUUGAGGACGAAUUUGAUCUCUGGCUUAAGGGAUUUUGGCAGCGGCUUUUGGCUUGUGACAAGCCUCGGAGUGGUGGCUCUCGUAUCUCCGGCAGGUGCGGUCUAUCGACGGUGUCUCUCAGCGGUGGCUCAAGACGGGUGGCUCGGUGGUUGCCCCGCUGGUUUGUCUCAGCUUUUGGCUCCUCCGCCGUCUACGGCAUCGGUGUGGCAUGAGAUACCGAUGCCAUGAGAUUUUUCGAAGGUGCGUGUGUCCGAUUAUAUGCGAUAGCUCUGCGUUUGUGUAUAGUUCUUGGUUUGUGGUGGCUCUGGAUGUGAUCCGGUGUAGAUGGUGGAGUAUUACUGGACGUGAUUGUUGAGGCGUCGGUUUGUUGUUGUGGCUAGUUUGUAGCUGUGGGAGCUGGUUCUCGAGGAAAUUCGUUUUUUUCGGGAAUGGUAGUCCGAGGUGACUCUCCGAUGGCCCUUGCGGACUCCCUUGUCAACGGUUGCAGGUUAGUCCGUUACGGAAUCCGGAAAUUUCGUUAGUUCUCGGGGAAGCUGUAGGCGUUUCUCUUUUGAGGUUUGAGGGCUGGCCUCGGGAAGAUGCUCGUGGCAACAAAGAUGAGAACUCUAAUUCUUCGGAGCUGUGGCAAUUACGGGGUGAUCUGCGUUUUGGCGUGCGACUGCUGCUUUCCCGUCUGGUUUUGCUUCGGUUUUAUUUUUAAUUUCACAAUCCAUUUUCUUAUGCUUUCGUUGAUGUUUGUUGCAUUUAUCGGAUUUGUUAGUAGUUUUUUAUUUUUGGUCUUUCUGAUUUCUUUGUAAUCUCUGUAACUUCUGUAAAAAAUCCGA